AUGGACUCGACCGCCCGCAAGCACCUCGGCAUCAGUGACGUCUUCCUCACUACAUAUCUGCCCCCGCGCCCGCUCGAUCUCUUCAUCUUCGCCAGCGUCGUCUUCUACUUUGCCUGCGUCGCCACCUUGCCCUGGCUCGCGCCCGCCACCAGUGCAUGGAACACCAUUGACGCCGUAUUCCCGGGAGGCGUCGAGUGGUAUCGUUGGCUGGUUCGUAGCCUCUUCCUCCCUGUCGUGGGCCUCCACGCAGUCGAGUCUUUUCUCUUCGACCGCAAGCUUCGGAGACAUGGCGUCGAUCGCUGGACCGGCCUGUGGUGGCUCUGGGUCUCGAGCUGCUUCAUGGAGGGGGUCAUGGCUUUCAAGAGGGUCGACGACCACGUUGCCCAGAAGAGGGCCAGCAAGGAGGGCAAGAACCAGUGA